AGGUGGCUGUGAUCUGCGCGGAAGGGUCCCUGGUGUGCGAAGAUACGCCUUCGGGGUCAAGAGGCAAUCGCGGUGUGGACACCCGCUGGACGGGUGUAAGGGAACAAAAGAGGCCCACCUGUAUGCACCUUAAGAGGUGCGCUCCUGCUCCAAAGGUUUUGGGGGCCCAAAGGACAGGAAAUACGGUGCUUGAGGAACAGAAGAGAAAUGCUGGAAUUCGACGUAAACUCAGGCCUGCGGUCUGUGUCCAAUUGAAUGUACGAGGUUGAGUCCCUGCCUGAAAGUUUACCAGAAAGGCGGAAGAGGAAAAGAAGUCCUUCAUCACACACAGCUCUCCUUUACGAACGCUGGCUUCCCGAAGUGGAAAAUCCACAAACUGAAUUCCGUAUCUUCAAUUUUCCCUCUUGCCACAGCUACCAAAUCAGAAUUAAAACGGAGCCCUGAAAUCCUCUCCUAGAGUCUGAAACUGAGCGCUCCGAGGUGCUGUAGAGAUGAUGUCAUCGCAGAGCGACAAAAGGAAGUGAGCUCCUGGGCUGCUGUGCCUCGCGCCCUCCGCAGUGCUCGAGUCUGACAGCUCUACGAUCUCCCCUCCCCUCCUCUUCUCGCGGCGAUGGAUAAUGCCUGCGAGUCGCUCACGGAAAAAGGUGGAGAGACAGGGGCGUCAGAAGAGACCGCUGCUGCCCCCGGGGGCGCUGCGGCUACUGACACUGAGGGAAUCCCGGAGGAAGCUGAAGGAGAAGGAGAUGCGGACUUGAAAGAAGCUUCGCUAGAGGAAAGCCAGCUCAAGAGUCAGGACAUCUCAGAUUUAACAGGAGUUGAAAGGGAAGAUUCAGCAUUACUUACUCCUGCAGCCAAAAAAAUGAAAAUAGAUACCAAAGAAAAGAAAGAGAAGAAGCAGAAAGUAGAUGAAGAUGAGAUUCAAAAGAUGCAAAUCCUGGUUUCUUCUUUUUCUGAGGAACAGCUCAACCGUUAUGAAAUGUAUCGCCGGUCAGCUUUUCCUAAGGCAGCCAUUAAAAGGCUGAUCCAGUCCAUCACUGGCACCUCUGUGUCUCAGAAUGUUGUUAUUGCUAUGUCUGGUAUUUCCAAGGUUUUCGUCGGAGAGGUGGUAGAAGAAGCACUGGAUGUGUGUGAGAAGUGGGGAGAAUUGCCACCACUGCAACCCAAACAUAUGAGAGAAGCUGUUCGGAGGUUAAAGUCAAAGGGACAAAUCCCCAACUCGAAGCAUAAAAAAAUCGUCUUCCGCUAGACCGAAGUCCAGAAAGGCCUUUUACUAAAGGAACAAGUACUGGUUCCAGACUUCCUGUUGGAUGAGACUUUCUGCACUGGUGCUUUAGUAUCUCAGUCCUCCAAGGAUUCCAUUGAUGAUUUUAAUGUCUUUAUCAAAACGCAUAUUCAUCACAUCUAGAAGUCUGCAUGCAGCCUGCCUCAUACUUACCCUUUCUGCAUAUUGGGACCUCUUAUGGCAUUUCGAGGCAUUUAACUCUUUCUUGGCUAGUUGAAAGAAGAAAGUGCAUGGGCCUUAAGCAUUUUCUGGACAGGGGAGCUGCUUUCAGAGAGAAAACCUUUCCAAGGGAGAUUUGACUGUUUCACACUGAAGCCUGAAGUUGCUAUGACUUAGGUUUCUUACAUCUGGUUUUAAGUAGAUGAAAACAACCAGAAACUUUUGUGAUAUGCUACCAUGAAGGACCCAGUACUAGGAGUAGUGGAAUAGUUUGUUCCUAUAAGUAUUAUAAGAUUUCCCUAUGGAUGUUGGUGAGUGAUCAUUAAACUGUGUUUCAACUUGCCAUAUGUUGUUCAUUUUCUGUCUAGCUGGUUGGAAUGGGGAGAAGUUCAUCAUUCUUUUUUGGGGGCAGGGUAAAACUGGUCUGGACUGUUUUGUGAAAAUUUGAGCCCUUCUCAUUUUCUACUAGAACCAUUUAAACUUUUUCUCACAAACAAGUACUAAAGCACUUAAAAAUAAUGUAAAAGCCCUUAUAUUCCAGAUUCCUAUAAAGAUAUACCAAAACCAA